AUGUCAAACAGAAAAAAGGUAGCAUAUUUUCAUGAUCCAGACAUAGGUAGCUAUUAUUAUGGAGCUGGUCAUCCUAUGAAACCGCAGAGAAUUCGAAUGACACAUUCGUUGAUAGUAUCGUAUAAUUUGUAUAAAUAUAUGGAGGUAUAUAGACCACAUAAAAGCGAUGUGAACGAAUUAACAUUAUUUCAUGAUUAUGAAUAUGUAGACUUUUUAUCGUCUAUAUCAUUGGAAAAUUAUAGAGAGUUCACAUAUCAAUUAAAAAGAUUUAAUGUAGGUGAAGCUACUGACUGUCCUGUUUUUGAUGGUCUUUUUCAAUUUCAACAAUCGUGUGCAGGGGCAUCUAUUGAUGGAGCAGCAAAAUUAAAUCAUCAUUGUGCGGAUAUUUGCGUGAAUUGGUCAGGUGGAUUGCAUCAUGCAAAAAUGUCGGAAGCUAGCGGUUUUUGUUACAUCAAUGAUAUAGUUUUAGGUAUUUUAGAAUUAUUAAAAUAUCAUGCGCGAGUUAUGUAUAUAGAUAUUGAUGUCCAUCAUGGUGAUGGAGUUGAAGAAGCUUUUUAUGUUACUCAUAGAGUAAUGACAGUUUCUUUUCAUAAGUUUGGAGAUUAUUUCCCAGGUACAGGUGAUAUUACAGAUAUAGGUGUUCAUCAUGGAAAAUAUUAUAGUGUUAAUGUACCAUUAAAUGAUGGCAUUACAGAUGAUGCUUUUGUUGAUUUGUUUAAAGUUGUUAUAGAUAAAUGUGUACAGACAUAUAAACCAGGAGCUAUUAUAUUACAAUGUGGGGCUGAUAGUUUAACAGGUGAUAGAUUGGGUAGGUUCAAUUUAACUAUAAAAGGGCAUGCAAGAUGUGUAGAGCAUGUGAGAGCAUAUAAUUUACCACUUCUAGUAUUAGGAGGUGGCGGAUAUACUAUACGUAAUGUAUCACGAUGUUGGGCAUAUGAAACUGGUGUAGUAUUAAAUAAGCAUCAUGAAAUGCCUGAUCAAAUAAGCUUAAAUGAUUAUUAUGAUUAUUAUGCCCCUGAUUUUCAAUUACAUUUACAACCAUCAAGUAUACCAAACUAUAAUUCACCUGAACAUUUGAGUAGAAUAAAAAUGAAAAUUACAGAAAAUUUACGUAACAUUGAACACGCACCUGGUGUUCAGUUCUCUUAUGUACCUCCAGACUUCUUCGAUUCGGAAAUAGAUGAUGAAAGUGAUAAAAAUCAAUAUGAACUUAAAGAUGACAGUGGAGGUGGUAGAGCUGCAGGGACCAGAGCAAAAGAACAUUCAACUACUCAUCAUUUAAGGAGGAAAAAUUAUGAAGAUGACUUUUUUGAUUUAUCAGAUCGAGAUCAAAAUAUUAUUUAG